GGGGCGACCGUGGGCUGGGUGCUCAGCGGUCGGUGAUCGGCGGCGGGAGAUCGUGGGAGAAGGGAGCACGACACUCGCUGGCUGGGGAGAUCGGCGCUCGGCCGGGUGAGCGUGAGCCUGGGAGAUGGCCGUGAUGGAAAUGGUCUGUCCAGGCACUCCUGGCUCAGCAGUUGGGCAGCAGAAGGAGCUCGCCAAAGCCAAGGAGAAGGCACAGACGUUGGGGAAGAAUCAAAGCUCCGUGUGCAAGCUUGAGGCCUCAGAGAAGAGCCCCGUGUUCUGUGGAAAGUGGGAGAUCCUGAACGACGUGAUUACCAAAGGCACAGCCAAGGAAGGCUCUGAGGGAGGGCUGGCUGCCAUCUCCAUCAUUGCCCAGGCUGAAUGUGAGAAUAGCCAGGAAUUCAGUCCCACCUUUUCAGAACGAAUUUUCAUCGCUGGGUCAAAACAGUACAGCCAGUCUGAUAGUCUUGAUCAAAUCCCCAACAAUGUGGCCCAUGCAACCGAGGGCAAAAUGGCCCCUGUAUGUUGGAAGGGAAAGCGUCGCAGCAAAGCCCGGAAGAAACGGAAGAAGAAGAACUGCAAGGCCCUAGCUCAGGCAGGAGUGGCCUUGCCCAAACCCCUCCCCAGGACCCCUGAGCAGGAGAGCUGCACAGUCCCGGUGCAGGAAGAUGAGUCUCCGCUAGGCUCCUCCUAUGUUAGAAACACCCCUCAGUUCAUCAAGCCUCUGAAGGAGCCAAGCCUUGGCCAGCUACGUUUUAAGAAACUCAGGGAAGGCCUACGGCCAGCACUUCCUCGAUCAGAACUUCACAAGCUGAUCAGCCCCCUGCAGUGCCUGAACCAUGUGUGGAAACUCCACCACCCCCAGGAUAUGGGCCCCCUGCCCCAACAUGCUCACCCUUUCCCCUACAGCAGACUGCCCCAUCCCUUUCCAUUCCACCCUUUCCAGCCCUGGAAACCUCACCCCCUAGAGUCCUUCCUGAGCAAACUAGCAUGUGUAGAUAGCCAGCAUCCCCUGCCUGACCCACACCUGGGCAAACUGGCAUAUGCAGACAGUCAGAAGCCCCUGCCUGGCCCACACCUGGCACCCAGCUGCCCACCACGUGGCACCUGUGAGAAGUUUUCUGUGGAGGAAUACCUGGUGCAUGCUCUGCAGGGCAGUGUGAGCUCAGGCCAGGCCCACAGCCUGGCCAGCCUGGCCAAGACCUGGUCAGCAAGGAGCCCCAGGCUGCGAGGGCCCAGCCCUGAAACUGAGGAAAGUGAGGGCGUCCUACUUAAUGAGAAACUCAAGCCGGUGGAUUAUGAGUACCGAGAGGGGGUCCACUGGGCCACACACCUGCCCCACCUGGGCAGAGGCUCCUUUGGAGAAGUGCACAGGAUGGAGGACAAGCAGACUGGCUUCCAGUGUGCUGUGAAAAAGGUACGGAUCGAAGUGUUUCGGGCAGAGGAGUUGGUGGCCUGCGCAGGAUUGACCUCACCCAGAAUUGUCCCUUUGUAUGGUGCUGUGAAGGAAGGUCCUUGGGUCAGCGUCUUCAUGGAACUGCUAGAAGGUGGCUCACUAGGCCAGCUCAUCAAGCAGAAGGGAUGUCUGCCAGAGGACCGGGCCCUGUACUACCUAGGCCAGGCCUUGGAGGGACUGGAAUACCUGCACACACGAAGGAUUCUGCACGGAGAUGUUAAAGCUGACAAUCUGCUCCUGUCCAGUGAUGGGAGCCGUGCAGCCCUCUGCGACUUUGGCCAUGCUGUGUGCCUUCAACCUGAUGGCCUGGGGAAGACAUUGCUAACAGGGGACUACAUCCCUGGCACAGAGACCCACAUGGCUCCAGAGGUGGUGCUGGGCAAGCCCUGUGACACUAAGGUAGACAUCUGGAGCAGCUGCUGCAUGAUGCUGCACAUGCUCAAUGGCUGCCACCCUUGGACUCAGUACUUCCUGGGGCCACUCUUUCUCAAGAUUGCCAGUGAGCCCCCGCCUGUGAGGGAGAUCCCACCUUCCUGCGCCCCUCUCACGACCCAGGCCAUCCAAGAGGGGCUGAGGAAAGAGCCCCUCCACAGAGCGUCUGCAAUGGAGCUCGGAGGCAAGGUCAGCCUGGCCCUGCAGCAAGUGGGAGGUCUGACGAGUCCUUGGAGAGGAGAAUAUAAGGAACCAAGACAUUUGCCACCAACCCAAACAAACUGUCACCAGACCCUACGCACCCAGCCAAGGGAACUCAUUCCAGGGGCCCUGGGGCCCCAGCCAGCGAAGGACACAGUGGGCGGAGCUCCGGAGCUCCAGCCUCCUCUACCACCAGAUCCCCCAGAGCGGAACAAGUCUCCAGGACUGAACUUGAGCAAGGAGGAGUCUGGGACAUGGGAACCCUUGCCUCUGUCCUCCCUGGAACCAGCCCCUCCCAAAAGCCCCAGCUCACCAGAGCGCAGAGUGACCUUCCCUGAGCAGGAGCUGCAGCAGCUGGAAAUAGAAUUACUUCUCAACAGCCUAUCCCAGCCAUUCUCUCUGGAGGAGCAAGAGCAGAUCCUGUCCUGCCUCAGUGUCGACAGCCUUUCCCUGUCGGAUGACAGCGAGAAGAACCCAUCAAAGGCCUCCCAGAGCUCGCGGGAUACCCUGAGCUCCGGCGUGCACUCAUGGGGCAGCCAGGCCGAGGCUCGCAGCUCCAGCUGGAACACGGUGCUGGCCCGGGGGCGGCCCACAGACACCCCGAGCCAUUUCAACGGUGUGAAAGUCCAGAUACAGUCCCUCAAUGGCGAACAUCUGCACAUCCGGGAUUUCCACCGGGUCAAGGUGGGAGACAUCGCAACCGGCAUCAGCAGCCAGAUUCCAGCCUCAGCCUUCAGCUUGGUGACCAAGGAUGGCCAGCCCGUGCGCUAUGACAUGGAGGUGCCAGACUCAGGCAUUGACCUACAGUGCACCCUGGCCCCUGAUGGCAGCUUCGCCUGGAGCUGGAGGGUCAAGCAUGGCCAGCUGGAGAACAGGCCCUAGCCCUGCCUUCCACUGCUCUGCUCUGCCGAAACCACCUGCCUUCUCAGCAGCUAGAUGCUGCCCAUGAGACACAGGCUAAGCCUGCUCCCCUGGCUCAUCAGUGGGACCAGGGUCUGGCAGCAGCAAAGUGGGACUAACAAACCCCACCCAGGAUUUCCUGCCUGCGUCCCGCCAGACCCCACCAAGAGAACACUGCCCACGAGAGGAGGAGGAGAAGGAAAGCAUGCAAGCUCUUCCAGCCAGGAAUGAAGAGCGUCUUCUCUGCUCUCAGCCUAACAAGCAGGCCUGUUCCGUUUGGAUCAGCGAGCCCUUGCUGGCAGUC